AUGCGGGAGGAUGAGCCUGCUAGGAAGGAACCAAAACCUGAGGAGAUAGAGCCUAUGAGAGUUGAGGACAAGAAGAAGAAUCUAGUGAAGGAGUAUGAGCCACCUAUCCCGUAUCCUACUCGACUGAGGCAGCAAAAGAUGCCAAAGUACGCAAAAUUUCUGAAGGAGAUUAUGAGCAACAAGAGGAGACUGGAGGAUUUGGGAUUGGUGACCCUGAAUGAGGAGUGCUCUGCCAUUCUGCAAAACAAGCUGCCCGUUAAGAGGCGUGAUCUAGGGAGUUUCACUGUACCCAAUCUCAUUGGUGAAUUACCUAUUAGUGGUGCAUUAGCUGACUUAGGAGCUAGUAUUAAUUUGAUGCCCACUAGCUUGUUUGAUAAACUUGAUUUCAUUGUAAUGGAUAUGGAGGGUGAGAGUAUUGUGCCAAUGAUCUUAGGUAGACCUUUCCUUGCUACAUCCAUGGUCGUUAUAGAUGUUUGUAAUAGGGUAGAUGACAAGACUAUCACCUUUGACUUAGCGACUUCCAUGAGACAUUCCCUAGACCAUGAUGAUAUUAUUUUUUCUGUGGAUGUCUCAAAUGAUGUUGUUGAGUCUCAUAUGUAG